AUGCAUCCGACGAUCGUAGUGUACAUCAAGAAGUACAAACCCGCUCCACUGCUGCCGCUGCUGUUCCUCCUCCUCCUCUUCCUCCUCCUCCUCGAUCCCAAUUCUCCACUGUGCUCCACGCAUGGGCAGGUCUCAGACUGUCAAGCAGAAGCAGCCCGAACGAGGAACAUCUUUUUGGUUAUUGCAGGUUAUUCUUUACAGCACGCAACAGACCAAAUCCAUAGAAGGGCUGGACUCUUGGCCAUCUCUUGCCCUGAAGGGCCUUCGUCAGUCGGAUGGGCAACCGAGAUGGGCCUCCCGGACUCGCCCGCUCUUUUCCCGAAAAUCCCAUCGAAUGGAGACCUCCCACGAAGGACGGAAGAAGAUUCUGCCGGGGUCCAUCCAAGCUUUGUGUUCGCCGUCGGUCGAGUCCGGUCCGGUCCGGUCCUAUCCGGUCAGCUUAGUUUAGGGUCCGGUCGCGCCUUCGCCCGCCGCGGCGUGAGCACAAGUCCCGUGUGCACGCUCCGAUGGGAGCAGCGCAGCCCCGCCCCCACCUCUUCUUGCCAAAUAUAUGCGCCUCGGGGGCCUACCCAUUUCUUGAUCCGUCAUGGCGCUCGGAUCUUUUCUUUCUCGCUCCCGUCUGCACACGGGCUUGCUACACAUCGAGGCUCUCUUGCUCCAGGGAUCCAGAGCUUCCCAGGGCUCAACAGACCGCUGCGGGCGUUCAUCCUCGUCGUCACGAGGUCGAACCUCACGGGACGGAGGAAGAACCAUCUGGCGAAGGUUCCCCAUCUCGCAAUUGGCCGGGUCCGAUCAUCAUGGCCCCCGCUUUUUCGCGGCAUCGCGACUCUGAGCAUCUAUUCGACAGUUCCCGGUGCCGAUUGGUCGGGACCGGGCGAUGCGGAUUCCGUGGAGCGGCAAGCCGAAGGGAGUCGCGAUGUGGCCGCUCGAGCCGGCGGACGUCGAAAGCGUAGAAUGCCGGGAGGCGAGAGGGAGGGCGGAUGCCAGAGGAGAGAGGGUUCGCUUCGGAGGACGGAGAAUCUCGACCCGCGACGGAGAUGGCUCACGGGGCGAGACCUCGCAGUGGGCCCGGGCGGAGCAUUGAGCACCAACAACCGGGUCGCCAACGGUCCCGACAUGGCCAUGGGAACCCGGAUGGGGACUGUCAUAGGCGAGACGGGGAGACCCCACCAGGUCACGUGUCCAACUCGUCCCCGCCCCCGCGACGACGCGAAUCUCUAG